AUGAUAAGGCAGUCAAUACGCUGGAUACAUAAUGCCUCCAAAGAGAUACCAUACCAACCUGCUCCACGAGGCAAAUUCAACCCCAAAAGAUCGGCAUUCAAUUUCAAACCUAAACCAGUAGAAGGGUUGGUGCACAACCCACCGGCUGCUAUACUAAAACCGUCAGUGCAAACUCCAUACAUAUUCCUUCCCCCAAAUGAUCCCAGGCGAGAGCUUGCGGAACAGUAUCGCAUUUCAGAAGAUGUUGUCGCGGACAUGCCUGUCAUAAGAGCAUUUAAGGCACCACACGAAAGAGAGUAUACUGUGACAAAGGAAGUUGUUGAAGAGAUUAAGAAAUUGAGACAAGAGGAUCCUGAACGCUGGAACCUAAAGCAGCUCAGCAAAAAGUUUGAUAUUGAAUUAUCUAAACUUGUGUACUUCCUUAAAAGCGACUUGCUGAAACUGAAGAAAACACAAGACGAGAAAAAUGUGCCCAAGUAUCUUUUAGAUAGAGAAAAGAGAAGACAAUUGUGGAUGAAGAAUAUCUAUUGA